AUGAGCAGUAGUCCUGUUCAGUAUGUUGCUGCUGCAUUAACUGAUUUGAUUUACCAUGAUAAUGUUUCCACUUCAGAUAGCAAUGAAGAACGAUUCGUCGUAGUACCAGUCGUGGAGUUGCCACUCAGUUAUAGUGCCUUGAAUUCGCCGGAAAUACUUUAUCUGGAUGGAACGAAUCAGAUAUUGCUUCGGUGUAUUAAUGGCUUAACAAUGAUCUUUGAUGCAGCCUUUGAAAAUACAUCACCCCUGGCUACGUAUCGUUUAAAUCCGAAUGCUCGGAUAAUUUACAAUAAGCAUAACAGUACGCUGGCAGUUGCAGAUUCCAAAAUGCUUUGCCUGCGUCAGGAUUAUGGCGGUACAUUUCUUCUUAAGACUGCACUGAAGAGGCCAUCAAAUAAAAUUGUUUCUGUUGAAUUACCAUUAGAUGAGGCUACGAAAUUUCUACAGAUAGUCACAAAUGACCCCGAUUCAGAAGAUAUUCUGAAACAACGACCUGCUCUGCAUAAAUUUACAUCACAAUUACGCAUCGCAGUUGCGAACUUGUCCGUUAACACUAUGGAAUCAGUUGUAAUAGAAACGAACGGCAAAGAAUUGCUUGAGCAACUACGACCUCUCGAAACUCCUGGGGAAAAGAAUAGUACAGAAGUACCAUCAGAAUGGAUGACUUUUAUCUGGCCUUAUAUUUCAACGCUUGGAGAACGCGUGCGACUGAUGUUGAAUCCAGAUAAUCCGUAUAAUUUCGAAUAUUCACCAGAGUGGAAAGGCCUGAACAAGGAUAUGAUGGCAAGUGAAGCAGCUCGUCGACUUACAUUUCAAAACUGGCCUCAUAUGGAAUACAGGUGGGCUCUACCGUGUCGGAUGGCCGAAGCAGGAUUUUAUCACCAACCAAAUAAUGCUGGCGAUGAUCGAGUUCUCUGCUUCUCUUGUUUUGUUUGUUUGGUGUGUUGGGAACCUUCAGAUGAACCUUGGUCUGAACACGAACGCCAUUCGCCAAAGUGUCGUUUUGUGCAUAAUUAUACAAACCCAAAUGUGCCUCUGGUUUUAACAAUGUCCGCUUUAUCACCAUUCUUUCAUCAUUUGCAAGUGAAUCAUACAUCGUCACUUGUGUUCUCGGUCGGAAGUAGUGAUUGGAUCGCUGUAGCAAGCAAAGAAUCUGCCGAAGUACAUCUAUGGCGGAUGGAUAGUGUCGUGCAGAUGAAGCAGUGGUUCAGUUUGAAUUCAGAGAAAUUCUUUUCUGCUAUUCUGGAUUGUGUGGUGAUGGAAUGCGAUCCGCCUGCUCGCAGAACUCAGAGAGUUACCUGGAGCGAUGAUCUCACAAACUGUUUGAUAAGAACUAAUGGAGAUGAAGAAGCGCAACAGGAUAACACUAUAAAAGGAUCUUCAUCAGAUGAAUGUUUACUGAAACCAGCGCUGUCUGCUUUGCUGGCUGAUGCUAGUUGUGAAACUGUCAUAACAGCUCUCUGUACCGUUGGAAGACCAUGCCUUGGUGACCCUUCUAUUGGGACCGUAACAAGCAAGUCAUAUGAACAAAACCAAACUUUAGUAGUUGUCGCUGUCUCCGUAGAUGACGCAAAACUGAAAAGAGUACGCCAGCAGAGCCAAAGCAGUUUGGAGACCGAAAUAAGUACAUUAAACACAAUGAAUAGAGCUCAUGAGUUUAUCGAUAUGCCACCACGAAUUGUUAGCGGAUCAUGUUCUGUCGAUGAUUGCAUUAAUUCUGGUGUAUCGCUCCGACCAUUCCUUGCUCUUUAUCAGCUUGACUGUUCAGAUCCUUUUAGUUCGCGUAAACGCUCAUCAUCCAUCCGCCAAGAGGAUUCAAAACCGACCGAAAAUAAAGUGAUGCAUUCUCCUAAUCCAGAUGAAGCAGAUUUUGCGGAAGGAGUGCUACUAAUGGACACUACUGACGAUGCAGUUUUGGAGUGGUCCGACUCUGCGUAUAGUGAGCAGUCUGGUUUUGUUGAUUUACCCUCUGGAGAAGAAAAUGAAGCGUUAGAUGGACCAUCGAAAACAGGUGCAAAAUAUGAUGAAAAAGAGGGUUACGUAUCUGUUAAUUAUAAGGCACCAUCGAUGGAUAUUUCUUUCGUGCAGUGUUUUAGGCUGCCAGCUGCAAUCGAUAAUACCUCAAUGGAGAUAUCAGCAAUCAUUCCAAUGCAAAAUAUUUUCAUGGUUAUUGUAGUUAACAACGUGGAACCUACAGUGGAUGCAAUCCAUUCAGCGAUACUAGUAUAUCUUAUUCAUUUUGGAAAAAUUGCUAUCAAUGUUCAGAGAGAGCCGCUAAAAGCUUACUACUAUAAAGAUUUUCGAAUUAUGCAGUUCUCUCUGGCAAAUAUGGAUCCUAUUCACACAAAUUCAGAAUCCUAUACCAAUAAUAAUUACUUGGAUGGUGGAGUUAUUCGUACAAUGGAAGAUAUGGUUUAUUUCAUCAAUCUUAACACGAAUAAGCUCUAUUCUUUGUGUGAUGAGAAAGUGGCCCAAUUUGCUGUUAUGGAUAGUGGAAAAGUCACUCUACUGACGAGGAAUUCAGGAAAAUUGAUAACUGUUCAAAUUGAACAAUCAAGUUCACGUAGUGCGGAUUACGAAGAAGAUGAGGACGCUGCGGUAGCUGCGUUAUUCAGCAAGAUGAAUAAUUCACAGCAGUCGGAUAUAUCAAAAAAUGCAGACAUUAACCGAGAGAUAGCGCGAAAUCUUCUGUCUAGCAGUAAUGAUAUGGCAAGCGUAAUGGCAUCAGAAUAUCUGUCGACUGCAGGUUUGCGGCGAAUAUGGAAAUUAACGAGAAGUGAUAUUGGCGGACCAGUAAGGGGUGCCACUUAUCGACUUCCUUAUCAUUCUGGUGGACAACCGGGAUACCAUCUCGUGGCUCCACCUGGCUGGAGCGAAGUACCAGCAAAUCAGCGUAUCAGAAAAUAUUUCAUCGAAAAUACUCCAGUGGAAGGAGUAAGCCGAACUUGGUUUUAUCAAUCAGAUUGUCGACGUUCGAGUGACUCGCAUAUUUUCGGAUUACUUCAUUUUCAGCAUGGAUUACGCGUUUCUCACGUUGAUAUCUUUUUGAACUUCCAUGAAACAUGUCUAGCUUGUCCAGAUAUCGAAUUAAGGUUGUACCGCUGGAAAACUAAUGCUGAUGAUGUUUCUUCAUCUUUGAAAGUACAUUCACAAGCAUCUCUUUCUGGAUGUAUCAAUCUAGAAGAAGUCGAAGCACAAUGCGAUUUGUUGGCCGGACCUUAUCAUUGCGCCGAGUAUGCUGAUCUUAAUAGCCAUUCGGCAAAAAUACAAUUACCAGGAAUUGUUUUCUUACCUCAACUUGUUAAAAAAGGUGGCAAUGUAAUCGGUUUCAAAUCGGUUUCUUAUUACCUUGUCUUGAGGGCUUUAUCUGAUUAUUCUCUUGAUCAGGCAAUUACAGCUGUGAAAACAAACGAACGAGACAAACUUCAGGCGGCAGGUACCCCGGGUAAAACAAAAUCAUCUUCGAAACGUCGUAUCGAUAACAGCGAGUCUUCCACAGCCACAACUGCGAUUGGUUUAAUUAGUCGGCGUGGAAUACAGUGGGUAGAUGAAUUGGUAAUAACAGUUGUAAAGACGAAAAGAGCAAUUGAAUCUAAUGAAAGAAUUGAAAGACGUGCACUUAUUGAAACUACGGAUCUGCACAAUAAUAUAGUGAUGUUAGCUGCCGGAAUCGCGCCGAAAUUAUCACCAGCUCAAAAAGCUCGUACAGAGGGCGAAAAGUUACAGCAACAAGGUCUUGCGAUUGGCAUUAUUGAGUGGCUGAUCGAUAACUGGGUCAAUACUUCGUCGGACACUCAUCUGUUAACUUUUGCUGAAAUGAUCAUUGAAAAUAUUGAUGCCAUUUUCGUUAACUGUUUCAUAAUUUCGUCACGGUCAAUUUCUCACAAAUGGAGCGCUACGUUGAUGUAUUUGUUACGCGCCCUUCAAAAGUCAGAUGACGCUGCUUUUUCGAAAUUGUUACAAAUUUUUUUAUCAUGUUCAAUUCGGAUCGUGACAAACUUACACGCAGUUAGGAAUGCUGGAUCCCUUCAUUGGCUAUUUGUAUUUAUUUUCGCUUUGUUGAAGAUGGCGGUGAUGAAGACAAACGAUGUGUCUUGUGGUGAACUUUUAAACACUUUGUUAAAUGCAUUUACAAAUACACUUACGUUUGUUGGUAUUGCAUGGAAGCAAUAUUGGAAUGGUUCGGUACAUGACAAAUUGGCUACUGAAUAUAACCUUAGUGGAUUGCCUAUGGAGCUGGUUAUGUAUGAAUGGCCAAGGUCGGUUCUUUCAUUAUGGCAACGAACAGCUACUGCCACUACUAAAUUGAACGAUCCGAAUGAGUUAGCACAUGCUACUGCAUUUCCACCAGCAGCACCAACACUGAUCGCUUACAAAUGGGCAUCUACUGCUGCUGGUUAUGGAAAAGGAUAUAGUGAAAUGAAACCAUCACAAAAUCCAGGAAUGAGUCGUUACGAAAAAAUUUCCACAGCCGACUCCAAGAUUCUCAAUAAGGACUGCGUUGAUGCAAAUACGAAUAUAGGCGGAUUAACUGCAGAGGAUGAAAUAGACUGGCUGACACUUUUUAAUAUUUCGACAGAUUAUGCAAAGGAAACUUCUGAAAGUAUUACAGAAGCAAGUUCGGCAAAUUUUCAACGAGAAUACAAAUAUCAAACAGUAACGACAUCCACGCAGUUGAGCGGUUUGUUGGAAACGGAGCCGCUCACAUUCACCGUAAUAUGUGCUUCGGAUCAUGUUAAAGUGGAAGACACGGAGACUGGUUUUAUAACAGAAGUUGAUUGCACAUCUGCACCAAUUGGUCAUACUGAAAAGGAAUGUUCUGUGCCACUGAGAAUUAUGGAUAUUACUCAAACAAUUUUAAAUAAAAAGUCGGAACAAAAUACUGGGAAUGAUUCCGGAGCUUCGAAACUAGAACUGCAAGAUUUAAGUGCAGAUUUGAACGCACGUAUGACGUUGAUUGCAAUGGAACAAGCGCAGACAAAAGAUGAUAAUACAGUUGGAAACGCUGAGCAGAGUUCACAAACAGUCGCGCAAGGUUUCACAACUCAGGGAUCAUCAGCAAGCACAUUUGGUAUUCCAACUACACCCAAGACUACACCAUUCAUGACCCCAACUCCUCUAUCGCCAUCACAUCUCUCACCCAUUAAUUCAGAACCGAAUCUGGUGUUUAUGAUGGAGAACGAGUGUGGG